UAAAUUAAACAUUAAGAAAGUGGUGAAAAAGACGACUUUCUUGGUGUUAAUGAUGGCCUGAUCUCUACAAACACACAGACUGGUUGGAUGAAGCCGAUAGGGGCCACGUUUCAAUCUGUUUGGCUUCACAGUUCUCUGCCUAAAAGUAAUUGUUUAUAGUUUAAUCUGGGAUUUUACACCCAGUGGAAUUCCAAAGGGGGAUUAGGGAGUGAGAAGUUCCCAAAUUUGCCUCAACAGACGGUUGUGGAUGGCAGUGAGCUGCUUUUUUCCCAAACAAUAACUCAACCGCUCCGAAGAAAAAAAUAUGAAUUGGUGCCAGCAGUAAUAAUGACAACAGUAAAAAUCCAAGUGCCUUCAAAUUCAGAACGGGUCAACCCCCUAAUUUGCCUCUCAGUGGUUUGGUCCCCCUGCCUAAAGUCCCCAAACCCCCACACAUGUUUGGCCCUGGGAAUGAGAGUCUUUGUGUGGAAGUCUUUGGAAGUGCCACAGGAGCGCUCAGCCUGCAGUUAGUCAUGCCAUCUGUGUCUGCGACCUCCUGCUUGGAAGACGGUCAAUCCGCCUGUCCACCUGCUGCUGACCUGACCCAUGGAGAGACCUGCUCUGGCAGAGGCAGUGCUGCUGGAACGCUCCACAGCGGUCGUGACGAGGAAAGCCUCAAACCGCACGGGGAUGCUGGAGAAAACGGCACCGGCGAGCAGAGGAACGCGGGGUUGAAAUGGAUCCGUCCGGAUUUGCCCAGCAGGUGCACCUGGAGACCCGGCGCUCCCGUUUCCGAGUCACCUCACAGCCACCCAGAGCGCCCCAAACCGGCCAGCAUCCUCCCCAGCGUCUUGGACCACAUCGGACACACGCCUCUGAUCCGCCUGAACAAAAUUCCAAAGGAAUUUGGGCUCAAGUGUGAAGUCUUGGUCAAGUGUGAGUUCUUCAGUGCAGGAGGCAGCAUCAAGGACAGGAUCGCUCUGCGGAUGGUGGAGGACGCCGAGAGAGCCGGGAUCCUCCAACCGGGAGACACAAUCAUCGAGCCCACUUCUGGAAACACAGGUAUCGGCCUCGCUCUCAUCGCAGCUGUCAAAGGCUACAAAUGCAUUAUUGUUAUGCCAGAGAAGAUGAGCAUGGAGAAGGAGGCUGUUCUGAAGAGUCUCGGGGCAGACAUUGUGCGCACGCCCACGUCUGCAGCUUUUGACUCUCCCGAGUCUCAUAUCUGCACCGCCUGGCGCCUGAAGAAUGAAAUCCCUAAUUCACACAUUCUGGACCAGUAUCGUAACGCCAGCAACCCCCUGGCUCACUACGACACCACAGCGGAGGAGAUACUAGAGCAGUGCGAUGGUAAAUUGGAGAUGCUGGUGGCUGGAGCGGGAACAGGUGGGACGCUCACUGGAGUUUCCCGAAAGCUGAAGGAGAAAUGCCCCGAUGUCAAGAUAGUGGGUGUGGACCCUGAGGGUUCGGUUCUUAUUCACUCAGAGGGGACCGACGACCACACGACCUUUGAGGUGGAGGGCAUUGGGUACGACUUUGUCCCCACCGUGUUGGACAGAUCUCUCGUGGACAUGUGGUACAAAUCCAACGACGCCGAGACGUUCACCAUGUCACGCAAACUGAUCAGGGAGGAAGGCCUUCUGUGUGGCGGUAGUUCUGGCUCAGCGAUGGCGGCAGCGGUGAAGAUGGCCGGCGAUCUUAAAGAGGGACAGCGCUGUGUGGUCAUCUUGGCAGAUUCGGUCCGCAACUACAUAUCAAAGUUCCUGAGUGAUCAGUGGAUGGUCGAGAGGGGCUUCCUCAGCCUGGAGGGCCAGAUGAACAAGAAAGUGUGGUGGUGGAGCCACACCGUCCAGAGUCUGCAGGUGCCCGCCCCCCUCACCGUCGCACCGUCCCUGUCCUGCCAGAAAGCCGUCCAGAUCCUGAGAGCAAAGACGUUCGACCAGGCUCCUGUUGUCGAUGAGACUGGAGCCAUUUUGGGCAUGGUGACCCUGGGAACCAUCCUGUCCUCUGUGCACGAUGGAAAGGUGGAACUCUCGGACGCGGUCGGCGCUGUGCUCUGCAAGGACUUUCAACAGGUUCACCUGACGGACACUUUGGAGAAGCUCUCCUUUUUCCUGAAAGCACACAACUUUGUCCUGGUGGUUCGUGAUCACAUCCAGUAUGAUUCGGACGGCUCGGCUCACCUCAGGCACUCCGUGUUUGGAGUUGUGACCCCGAUCGACCUCCUCCACUACAUCACCUCACACGCCGAUCAGGAGCGCGAAGAGCCCCAGUGUUCCCUAUGAAACAAAUGAUCAUCAUCGUUUGGGAUUUUUCCCUAAAGCAACACAUGAUCUACUUCUGCUUAUUUUAGGACAAUAUCACAAGUCUCUUUUAGCAAACUAUAAAUAUCUUUUCAGAAAAUCUGCUUUAAAGUGUAAAAUCCUUCAUGAUCCCAAACUCAAAAAAAAGACAGAUAAAAAAAAACCUGAUGGUGUUUUAAGUUUUAGGUUGAUUUUUUUUAAAAUAAAAAAAUGACAAAGUUGUAUUUUAACAUUACAUUUACCCCAAACAGUCUAAUUCUGUCGUUUGUUCAUGUUUCUUUAAUAAUUAGUUGGUUAUUUUAACAGCUUAAUGAAGAUGUAGGUUAUGUGGAUGAAAAUAGACACUUUUCUGGCCCAGAUUUCAGUCUCUCUUGAGGCUUUGUGUCUUAGUUUGAGUGUGUUUUAGUUUGUAGAGGUUGUUGUCUGAAAAAAUAAACCGAUCUCAUUUUACUGUCAA